AUGGUGCCUAUUAAUCAAGAUCCACCAAACGGUACUAGCGACCACCAUGCAGCCAGCAGCACAGGAGCAAAAAGGCCUAUCCGGAUUGCGGGUUGCUCAGGAGGUGUAUAUGACCGCAAGAGAGCAAUCCAUGACAUGGCAAAGAACGAGGAUGUGGACGUGAUUACGGGCGACUGGAUGUCAGAAUGUAACAUGACUCUGCGAGGUUCCGAUAAACGCGAUCGCUUGGCGCAGCAGAAGAUGACCUCGGGUUCAACAAUCGUUGCACAGGGAUAUGAGCCUUACUUUUUGGAAGAAAUCGAUCCUGCCAUCCCUUGGCUGGCCCAGAAAGGUGUCAAGAUUGCAGUCAAUGCCGGAGCCAGUGACGUGCACGGCCUAGCCGAAGCAGUCGACAAGCUGAUAACGAAGCAUGGGGUUAGCCUUAAGAUUGGAAUCGUUGAUGGCGAUGAUGUUACAGACGCUGCACUUGAGCUCUAUCGUCAAGGAGAACCUUUCUUGAGCCUUCCGGCGAAUAAGCCAAUUCAGGAGUGGGGUUUUGAGCCUAUCUGCGCUCAAUGCUACCUUGGAGGCACAGGAAUUGCUGCAUGUUUUCAGGGCGGUGCAGAUAUUGUGCUCUGUGGUCGCGUUGCUGAUGCCUCUGUGACAUUGGGUGCGGCAAUGUGGUGGCACGGAUGGACGAGAGAUAAUAUGAAGGAGCUUGCGGGUGCCCUGAUGAUUGGCCACAUAAUCGAGUGCAGUACCUACGCAACUGGUGGCUACUACUCAGGCUUCAAGGAUCUUGGUGUUCAUGACACCGAUAUGGGCUACCCAAUUGCUGCUAUCGAUGAAAAGGGAGAAGCGGUUAUCUCGAUGGAGCAAGGUAAAGAUGGUUUGGUUAGUAUCGCUACUGUUGCCAGUCAGCUCCUGUAUGAGAUCCAGGGGCCGCUUUACUACAACUCGGACGUAACAGCUUCCAUUGAAGAUAUCGUGUUGCGAGAAGUCGGUGAAAACCAAGUGCACGUCUCAGGAGUCAAAGGGCUGCCACCACCGUCGACGACCAAAGUGGGCUUAACAGCGAAAGGCGGGUGGCAAGCAGAGUUUCAUUUCUACCUCACCGGUCUUGAUAUCGAAGAAAAGCUUGCUAUGAUUGAACGGCAGACAAAGGCCCGUAUGGGAAGUGAUAUUGAAAAAUUCUCAUGCCUGAAAUUCAUGAUUGCCGGCGUCGUCCCAGAGAACCCAUGCAGUCAGGAGGAGGCGACUGUAGACUGCAGGAUAUUUGCUCAAAGCGCAGACCCUGACAUAUUGUCGGGGUCCAGCUUUGUUGACUCUGAUCGUGGCUCUUUCGCACGGUUCUGUAUCGAAAAUCUACUUCAAGGCUACCCAGGUAGCACUAUGGCGCCCGACAUGCGCACUGCGAUUGGUCGCCCCUUCUUCGAGUAUUGGGUCAGCCUCAUGCCUCAGACCUUUGUCCAUGAGACAGCCCAUCUACCCGAUGGGACUAUCCUUGACAUCCCUUCGCCAACCAACGUGAGGACGUAUGAGCGAGAACAGCCUAGUUACGAUACACAGAACCCAAUAGACCUUGCAAGCCUCGGUCCGACCACGCUUGCACCUCUUGGAUACGUUGUCAUGGGUCGAUCUGGCGACAAGAGCUCGAACUGCAAUCUUGGUCUGUUCGUCAGGCAUGACGAUGAGUGGGACUGGCUUCGAUCGUUGCUUAGCACAUCAAAGCUGCGAGAGCUUCUGGGCAGAGAUGACGUUGGUCGACAGAUUGACCGCUGCGAGUUCCCUAACAUCCGCGCUGUCCAUUUCUUACUGAAAGAUCAUCUCGACAGAGGGUUCAACUCGACGAGCAGCUUUGACAGCUUGGGCAAGAAUCUCUGUGAAUACAUUCGAUGCAAGCACGUGGAAAUCCCAAACAGGUUCCUAGAUAGAGGCGAGUGGGAGAUACGAGAGAUUAAGAUUCACCUCAUGCAAAAGAGUCGUGUAGACCGACUCCGUAGGAGUGAUAAGCUGCACGUUGCCAAUUGGCUGAAUUGGCUGAUGGUGCGCUGUGAGGUCAAGCCCGACGAAUUUGAAUUGCGCUUCGUCGGCGGCUUCCGGACAGCCGCCACCGCCCUCACAAUGUCCCACAUCACUGUGGAGCGGCUACAAGUCCCGGAAUCGUCCGGCAUCAACUUUGGUGCAACCAUCACCAACGUAGACAUCGAACAUCUCACUGAUGCCGAUUUUGAUGUCAUCCGCGAGGCGCUCUUCACGCAUCAGGUCGUGAUCUUCAAGAACCAGAGCGCGGUAUCUCCCAAAGCCCAAUUCGAAUUGACUCGGAGAUUUGAUCCGGCCGGAACCUCAUAUGGUCACGGCAAGACUAUAGAUGCCAAACGCAGCAUCCUGCAUCCUGAUCUAAAGACUGUUCCGCAUCAGCCUCAGGUCCAGAUCAUCGGCAAUGGCUUCGUGUCCGAAUAUGAGGGGUUGAAGGAUUUUAGGCUGAAGCAUCCGCACCACAAGACUUUCCAUGCUACAUCCAUCCCCGCCGAGGAUGACCUAGACUUCACUCGCUUUUAUAGAUGGCACAUUGACGCCGCUUUAUACGGCCUAGCUCCACCUGUGGCGACUACACUUCUGGCAGUCAAGGUACCCGGUGGACGGCGGCAAACCUGCCGCUACGAUGACGGCACCGGCGAUGAACUAGAUGUGCCGCUUGGUACUACUGCGUUUGUGUCAGGCUACACGAUGUACGACAUACUCUCUGAUGCCGAUAAGGAGUUCGCGCGCACCACGAAGGUCGAAUACGCGCCACACCCUUACAUUUGGAUGUCUGGGGCGAAAGCUCGCUCUGAUGGGCUAGGACUGGUCACUCAGGGGCUGGAGAUACCCUUUGACGACCUCCCUCCUAUCGAGGAAGAGAAGAUACAGAUCUUGCCAAUUUGCUGGCGUAACCCUGUCACGGGAAAACUUGCCAUUCAGGUCCACCCUGCGGCGAUACGCAGGCUUCACCUAGAAAACGGCACAGUGAUUGAAGAUCUGGCCGAAGUCCGUCAAAUCAUCUACCGACUACAACGGCCUGGUAUUGCACCCAACAUGGUUUACGCACAUGAUUGGGAGGAAGGUGACUUUGUUCUCUUCCAUAAUCGGGGAGUACUGCACUCGGUCGUUGGAGCAUUCGCAGAGGACGAAGUCAGGCUCUUCAGGCAGUGCAACAUAGCGGCAAGUCAUCUGCCCGAGGGGCCGCGAGAUGUUGCAGCAGCAGCUUGA